CAUUAAGCGGUAGUUUGGACUAUGACUGUCAAAACAAAUGCAUGCGGCUGCAGUAUUUCAAGGCGUGAGCGCGGGAGUGAGGUGUAUCGUGACCGUGUAUUUAUAUUCGGUGCGCACGCUUCGCGCAGGCGACUGUUAGCGCUCGGAGUUCACCAGGAAGAGUCGUCACUGUGCGUGGUGUGUGAGCGCUGUCACAGCGGUCGGUUCACAUGCUGAUGCUGAGAUAUUUUUCCUGCUGAUUUUGUGAUGUUGACAAGCGUAGCUAAUGCGUAGCUGAGGCCGGGCUAUUGAUUGAUAGGACCUGCGAGCUAGCAAGUGAAAGGCGGAUUCUCAGUGAUAACGGCUGAUCAUUUGAUCACGAUCAUCAUCAUCUCCAUAUGUGAUAAGUAUUUGGGAGACGUUUGACGUGGCGUUGCUCAUACAUGAAUCGACUUCCCCCUGUCCCCAGCGCAGCGCGUCAGACGCCGUCAGACAUUGACGACAAAAUGCCAAACACGUUCUCACCUCAGUGGUGACGCAUCUCACCUCAGUGGUGACGCAGCUUGCGUCCGUCGACGACGUCAGCCCAUGAUGACGCAGACGCAUAGUCGCUGCUGAACGAAGCCGAGCGUCGGUAACAACGGACAUCGCGGUGUCGGACGGGGCCCGCGCAGAUGGAGGUGUCCAAGCUAGCAGGCAAGCUGGAUAAGCAGGAACUGCAGGCGAUGUACUUGCAGACGGCGAUAGAUUUCAUCUACGACUCGCCGACGAUCACCGGAGCCGAGGCGGCCCGGGAGGUCCGCCGCGACGAGCAGCACGCGGGGGCUGCUCAGAAGUUCUCCUCUCACCACCACCACCACAAGAGGAAGAAGAAGCAGCAUCACCCAGCACCGGAGCCGGAGCCUUACCCCUUCCCAACCAACUUCAGCGAGCUUCUUUAUAAGAGUCCACCACCGUGUCCACCAUGUCUGCUGCGGCCAGUGUGCCGCAAGGACCCGACCAGUGGCCAGAAGGUCAAGGUGCUGCUGCGAAUCUGCCCCAACUUGUCCGGCCACCAGAGUGACAACAACGCCGCGUCCUUCAUGCAGCUGGACGAUCGUAAGAAGCAGGUGACAGUCUACGAUCCUUCCAACAGCCACACACUGCCAGCGCACCGGCGCGCAGCCAGCGCCCCAAAGAUGUUCGCCUUCGACUCCAUCUUCUCUCAGGACGAUUCGCAGAGUGAAAUGUGCAGCAGCUCGUUAGCAGACGUUAUCCAGUCGGUUGUCAAUGGUUACGAUGGCUGUCUGUUCUGCUACGGCCAUGCCAGGCUAGGUAAAACGUACACGAUGGUGGGCAGAGACGAGUCUCCGCAGACCCUCGGCAUCAUUCCCUGCGCCAUCAGUUGGCUAUUCAAGCUGAUUAAUGAACAGAAGCAGAGGCUGGGAACGAGGUUCUCAGUGCGAGUGUCCGCCGUCGAGGUGACUGGUCGCAACGAGACAUUGAGCGACCUGUUGGCUGAGCAGGCUACGAGCUUAUCAGAAAACAGUAGCGGCGUGUCUCCCGGUAUGUACCUGAGAGAGGAUCCACUGUGUGGCACUCAGCUGCAGAAUCAGAGUGAAUUACGCGCUCCCACAGCAGAGAAGGCGAACUACUAUGUCGACGCUGCGCUAGCAGCCAGAGCAAAAGACACAGAAGACGAGGGCAGGAAUUCUCACAUGCUGUUCACACUCAAUGUGUAUCAGUACAGAGUGGACAAGAGCUGCAAGGGCGGAGUGGCUGGUGGCCGAAGUAGGCUGCACAUGAUUGACCUGGGCAGCUGUGAGAAGCAGAGCAAGCUAAACCGAGAGGAUGGGAAAUGCCUGUCAUUGUCUGCCCUCGGAAAUGUCAUCAAUGCGUUGGUCAACGGUAUCAAACACGUGCCUUAUAGAGACAGCAAGCUGUCGCAGCUUCUACGAGAGGCGCUGGGAAGCGUGUCCUGCCGCACGGUCAUGAUCGCUCACGUCUCUGCGAGCGUGCACAACUACAGCGAGUCGCUUGCCAUCAUCCAGCUAGCCGCUCGUAUCCACCGCAUGCGCCGCAAGCGACAGCAGACGAAGUGCUCUGGCCGCAGUUCGAGCGACGGCAGCUCGUGCGAGGAGGGCCGACUGAAGAGCGUGCGCCCUCUAGCGACGCUCAACACGCUUCGGCAGGGCGUCAUCUCGAGCGACCCGGACGUGUCGAGCAGCGAGCAGUCAUGUGAUACCGUCAUCUACGUCGGCCCCGGCGGCGUCGCGCUCAGCGACCGAGAGCUGACUGACAAUGAGGGUCCGCCCUCGAUAGUGCCAAUCCCUCCGAAACUGUUUCCGCCGCCGCCGUCGACGCUGCCGAAGCCGGCCGAGUCGCGCGUCAUGGCGACGCGCGCCGCCGACGCGAAGCAGUUCGGUCCGCAGAGCGGCCGGCCCGUCAUGAAGCCGCAGCUGACGAGACCCGAGCGACCGCUGGCGCCCUCUGCGUCGUCGCAGCUGCCGUGCCGACCGUCGAUCCCGCGUGCGUCGCCGGCGGCGGCCGCGGCGAGCAAGCCGGACGUAUUCGCGCGCGCCGGCGCGUGGAGCAAAGUGCCUUUCCGAGAGAGCAGGGCUGCUGCUGUGCGCGAGCAGUGGGUGGACGGUCCGCGCGAGCAGUGGGUAGACGGACCGGGCGACGCGCAGCAGUCCGCGUGGCCGGAGAUGUCCGGCGAGGGAGCGUCGCAGGGCGUCGCCGGCGAGCGGUGGAUCGACGGACCCGCGGCCAUCGCUCCCGCUCCCGCCGCCGCCGCGGUGCAGCAGAAGGAGCAGUGGAUCGACGGGCCGGCGCUGGAGCAGGAGCUCGAGCACACAAAGGCCGGCCGCACCGAGCAGUGGAAGGACGCCGAGGAGGUGUGGCUGGACGCGGCGCCGCACAACCGCGCGCCCGACGCGCCGCGACGCGCCUACGCGGCCAGCCUGUCCGUCUCGGACACGCUCACCGACUCGGCGGCGUCGGCGUCUGCGCGGGGCGAGGACGCCGACUCGUCGGACCCGCUCAGCGCGCUAAGCGCCGAGAACGUGAAGCUCGACACGAUGAACGAGGGCUCGAGCGUCGACGCGAGCGAAUACGGCGGCGGCGGCGCCGAUGCUUACAUCGACGACGAGGACGACGAUGCGAGGUCGGAGUGCGGCGACCGGCUCGGCCGCAUGAAGCUGGACGUCGCCAGCGACAGCCAUUCCAUCAUCAGCUUCGGCUCCGAGCAGAAGGACCGGCUGAUCGACGAGCGACUCGCCGGCUAUGAGGGCAUGGCGCAGAUCGGCUCCAGCGUUGGCUCCCUGGCGAUCCGCAGCGGCACGCAGUCCGGCUCCGAGCGCUCGCGGUCGGAGUCCCCGCGGCCGCGGCGCCUCAAGGAGAAGGCGGGGGGAAGCUUUGACUUCGACCGCGAGCUGCAGGAGAUCGAGAAGGUGCUCGCGACGGUGACGCUCGAGAAGCAGGAGCGGCACAUCGUCAAGGCCGUCAACGGCUUCACGCGCGACUCGAGCGGCGGCCGCCAGAGGUCGCCGCCGCUGAGCUCGCGCGCCGGCUCCGAGGAGAAGCCGACGCAGAUCGUGUCGCCGAUUCUCUCCGACAAGAGUGACCACGACGACGAGCCGGAGAAGAGCCUCGACGAGCUGGACAACGAUGAGGACAUCUGGAAGAAGGUGGACGAGGUGCUGUCGAGCUGCGAGGAGGAGGCAGACACGAUGAGAGCCGAGGCGUGGCGACUUACCUUCGACGCGAGCGAGCGCGAGAGCGGCAGCGGCGGCAGCACGAGAGCGGGAUGCAGCAAGCUGCCGGAGAGCAACAACAACACAGUCGUCAGCAGCAAGGGCGCGUCCGAUCUGUCCUUGAAACUGACCGCGGCCAAACCCGAGCAGGAUGGUGUUAAGAUGUCGCCCGUGAGGCCGUCAGCGCUGCGGCAUCCGGACGGGGCGAGCAACCCCAACUUGGCGAAACAUCCGUCGAUGAAUGAAAUCUACGGAAUUCUGGACGCGGAGACGGAGAAAGAGCUCAGGUCGACGUUGAAUACAAUCCUUCCUGAUCAGAACAAACCAAAAGUGCUGCCUUCGUACACGAAAACUGUUGUGGCGCAUGCGUCCGUAUCAUACAACCACAGUGUGAGCGGCUCGCCUAAGCGGGACGUCGAUAAACUACCGAUGAACGGCAGCCUUAAGUCGACAUUAGAUAGCAUGCAGGAAGCAAAGAAACCGCAGGUGCCAGACAAACCAGCCACAGCACCCAAACCCACUGUCUUGCCAAAACCUUCUGUGCCUGAGAAGUCUAGUCCAAAAACCUCACCAAAGCCACCUAGGUCCAGCAUCCCGAAACCAAGUACUUUGCCAAAGGCCCUGGAUAAAGCCGAGAACUGCUCCCGGCAGAACACUCUCGAAAAGAAGCCUUCCACUCUCGAGAGACUGCGCACGACGGGGAGAAGCAAGUCGGAAACGAGAGCCAAGUCGUCGGACGCGUCCCCGCUAAAAAUCUCCACGCCUUCUUCCAACAGCACCUCGUUCUUCGGACUGAAGUCUAGUGCCAAACAGACCAGUAAAUCCAAGCUACCUCAAACUUCGAAAUCUUCCAGCAGCAAGCCCGAGAAGCAGCAGAAGAGCGAGAAGUCGAAGCCCGACAAGCCGGAGAAGGCGGAGAAGAAGCCGGAGAAGGCGGAGAAGUCUCGCUUCUCGCUAAGCAGAAAGGACUCGAAGAACAAACCGAAAGCGAGCAAUAACCGCGUCGCUGAGCUGAACGGCAGCAGAGGCAGCGUCGCCGCCGCGCACGCCACCGACUACAACAGCGGCAACGACAGCGGCGUCGUCGUCGUCGUCGACAAGCCACCGAGUCUACUGUCGCCCUACUCGACGGUGACGAAGCCACGCAGCACGAGUCACUCGAGCAGCGGCCACGGCAGCGACAACAGCAGCGUGCUGAGCGGCGACGCGGCCGCCAACUCGCCGAAGCAUUCGGCGAUGAAGCUGCGCUUGGCGAAGCUGCAGGCAGGGGGCGCUAGCAGCGGCUACGAGAGCAUGCUGAGAGACAGCGAGGGCAGUGGAUCGUCGACGUCAGCUCACGAAUCUGCGAACGAGAGCUCCGGCGUUCGCUCGAGGGGAGUGAGGCUGUUUAAGAAAAAGCUGCAAGGAACCAAGCGCAGUCACAGUGCUCCGUCUAGACCGAUACUGGAGACGACUAUUGGUUCUAUCUGCUAUUCGGACGUGAGCAAGCCCAGUACUGCGUCAGUGCGAUGGCUGGACACCAGACUACUGCAGAAAAGCCACGACGAACCGCUGGAGCUGAAGGUUUAUGAGAUGGACUACAUGGAAAGGCUACAGCGACGUCGCAAGGAAGAUGCGGAGCGCCGUGAACAAGAGAUGAAGAGGCAGACGAUAGCAAAACUGAAAGCGAAGCAAGAAGCCCUGAAAAAAGAGCUGGCAGAUGCCAAGGGACACCUGAUGAUUAAUCCCUCCAGGUGGAGCUAUGAAUUGCACGUCGAGGAAAGCAUGGCUCCCACGAACCCGUCAUUCAUCGAGGUGCUGGAGAAAGAAACGCACAUUCUUGAGAAGCGAGUGGCGGCCUGCAAAUCCCACAUCAUGAUUGUCACGUGUUUCGACGUCACGUUAUAGGAGGCUCUCACCUGUAUCGUUGCGGCGGUUGCUGGAACCUUUGUGGCAUAAUACACACAGCGGUCGUUGAUCUACUCAUGUUUGACGCCAUCGCAAGUCUUUGUCAAUGUCACCAUGUUUGUUCUGGUCUUCUGGAGACUACGUAUUUUCUUGCUGGUUGUUGGGACGAUGCGACUUUAUUCUCUAUCAUGAGCUUAUCGGUUACUCACUACUAUUAAGGAGCUGUGGACAGGCCAUUGAUAUAUCAGUCAGAGAGUGGAUGCAUUGCCAUCUAAAGUAGUGGGAUUGAAUAAGAUCAUAUAGGAGAUGCGAGCAGGUGGAUGGAUAUCAAUGCUCCUGAUCAGUACCCCGGCUGUUUGUUGUCUUCAGUGCACUUGCAUGUGAUCUUCUCACUGAUUCUACAGUGGUAAACUCGUGAAUCAGUGUCAGGUUACAUUAUGUGAGCAUGCAGGGAUGUUUCUGUAUCUAAAACAAACGUGUCACAGCUCAACACGUCCAUGUCAGAUACGUCUUCCGCCGGAUCCCCCCCGCAAUCAGCACAAACAGAACUGUCGGUAGGAAAAGCAAUUUUACAUUCUCUGUUUAGCCAGGAAGCUAUGGGUGUGUGUCGUCAAAUAACAGGUUUGCUACCUAUAUUCGUGUGUUGAGCCUGGUCCGUGGUUCAGUGUAGCGAUUGUAUAAAAAAAUCCACGGAACAGCCAGCUGAAAAGCUGUUUUUUAUAAUCUUGGCCAGAUGGCAGCUGUGUACAGUUUAGUUUCAAGUAGCAGGGUCCGAAUACCGAGUAGCGGUGCUCUCAGGUACAUAUAACACCUACGUUUAUAGUGACAGAUUAUGUACAAAAAUGUAAUAUUUGCAAACUAUCCGGGUAUAUAGCUGCUAUGCAAAGCGUCCAUUCGUAAUAUGGGCAUGUAGAUCUUAUACAACUGAGUUCUCGCUUGGACACUAUUAUAGUUAUAUGUUUAGCCAUUAGUUUACCGACGCUAUGAAGUAUUAUUAUGUUUUAGGGAGAGCCUGUGCGUCAUAUGAAUGCGACUGUGAGUACCAUGCGCGCGCAUAUCACCAAUAUACAUAUUGCCUCCAGCAAGCCUGGCAGAAUAUGAAUAGGUGGUCGAAUCACCCACUUUCAUUCCAGCUAGGCAACUGCAUGACUGACCAAUGCUAAAUACCACAUCCUCUUCUAAAAUGAGCCGAGGGCAAGAUACAUAUGACCAUUGUAAAUAGAGUUACGUCUUCAUAUGAUGGUUCGUGGUGCGUACACGGGGAUCGCUGGGUAUGUUGUGGUGGGAGACAGGCUAGUCUGUUGUCUUAUUUACCAAUGAUGAUUAAACAUGAAUUUAAUGUAACGCAUAGUAUCUCCUGAUCGUUUUCCUAAUUUAAUAAUGGCAAAGUAAUAAUAAUAUAUAGUUGUAUAGAAUUAAUGUAUUCUUUCAUAUUUAUGCAUUUGUCUACGAACAGCAAAUUUUAUACACCAAGGUUGAUGGUGUUCUGGUAGCAGGCCAUUUUAUAAGAUGUAACUGUAGAAGUUCUCAGAUCACCUAUGUUAUAGGUCCUGUUUGUUUAUGACUCAUCUAAAAUAAACAUUUUCCAAUCAGAAACAA